GUGAAGUUAAUGUUACUGCAGGGCCCGUGGAAUAGUAAACGUUGUCGAAUUAAAAAGCCAUUAUUUCAGACCGAAGUCUCCAUCCAGCACCCACGCGGGAGCAAAGGACAGUCCGAGCCAAGCUCCCUUGCCAUCCACUCCUUGGCGAAGUCCUGGAGGGGGCGAGCCUCGCGAGCGGGAGGGAGGAGUGGGGGCGAGGACUCUGUGCCAGCGCCACAUCCUCUGCCAAAGGCUUCUCAAGCUCAGCAGUGUCCCAGGACUGUGCCCACCUUCCGUUUCCCCUCCCCGAGUCCCUUCUCCUGGUUCAGGCUGGACCGCCGGACUGCUUUGGGGACCAAUGAGGUGGCAGCGGCUGACGCGUGGAUCCCGGAGUUCCCUCGGGCAUCUUCAGUCCGCUGGUGGGUGAGCUGGUGGCAGGAUGAUCUGGGAUGGCUUCAGUUACGUCUGGCAGUUACCGUGCUGUUAGCCAGGUUAACAGGUGACCAGGACAUGUACCUCCCAUUCUUGAGCAGAUGAGACUGGGCUUCUUUACAUGACAAGCACUGUACCAAGAGCAGCAAAAAAGCAAGGCUUUUAUAAGUAUUUGACUUUACUCAAAAUGUGCAAAGAGGAAUAAUGGAAGCGCCCGAAUACCUUGAUUUGGAUGAGAUUGACUUCAGUGAUGAUAUAUCCUACUCAGUCACGUCGCUGAAGACCAUCCCAGAACUGUGCCGAAGAUGUGAUUCGCAGAGCGAAGACAGAUCAGUUUCUAGCUCGAGCUGGAAUUGCAACGUGUCGGCUCUCAUGACAAACACGCAAAAGCCCACAGGAAUCGCGGAUGUGUACAGUAAGUUCCGUCCUGUGAAGCGAGUUUCCCCGCUGAAACAUCAGCCAGAGACUCUGGAGAACAAUGAAAGCGAUGACCAGAAGAACCAGAAGGUGGAGUACCAGAAAGGGGGUGAUUCCGACCCAGGCCCCCAACCCGAGGAGCUCAGCCCUGGAGAUGGAGACAGUGGUCCCCAAAGUAAGAGCACCGAGCCCAGCACCUUGCUGGGGGAGCUGGAGCAUUAUGACCUUGACAUGGAUGAGAUUCUGGAUGUGCCUUACAUUAAAUCCAGUCAACAGCUUGCCUCUUUCACCAAGGUGACUCCAGAGAAGAGAAUUUUAGGUUUGUGCACCACCAUCAAUGGCCUUUCUGGCAAAGCCUGCUCCCCCGGAAGUGCUGAGAGCUCACCAGCCAACAUGACACCGUUCUGUGUUCUUUCGCCCGUGAAAAGCCCUCACUUGAGAAAAGCGUCCUCGGCCGUUCACGAGCAGCAAAAGCUCUCCGGGGAAGAGUCUGAGAGCUCACCGCCUCUGGUGAAGUGUGGCUCUGCAUAUGAGCCCGAGACCCAGACUAAGGACUUCCUCAUCAAGACCUUUAAUGAUCCUCCGAGUCGAAAACGCGAGAAGGCAACGCCAGACGGCCAGCUCAGGGCCUUCCAUCCUCAGCCUGCAGCCACAGAACCCAAACUAGAAGAGCCGAUCGGGGGCGUGAACUGGACCAGCACCCAAGGCCCAGAAGAAAGGAGUGAGUACCUGAAAAAAGUGAAAAGCAUCUUGAACAUCGUUAAGGAAGGACAGAUAUCUCUCCUGCCACACCUCGCUGCCGACAACCUAGACAAAAUUCACGACGAAAAUGGCAACAAUCUCUUACAUGUGGCUGCAUCGCAGGGACACGCUGAAUGUCUGCAGCACCUCACCUCUUUGAUGGGAGAAGAUUGCCUCAGUGAGCGGAACAUAGAGAAGUUGACUCCAGCGGGCCUGGCCAUCAAGAAUGGUCAGUUGGAGUGUGUCCGUUGGAUGGUGAGUGAAACCGAAGCCAUCGCAGAGCUGAGUUGUUCUAAGGAUUUCCCAAGCCUUAUUCAUUAUGCGGGUUGCUUUGGCCAGGAAAAAAUUCUUCUUUGGCUUCUCCAGUUUAUGCAAGAACAGGGCAUAUCCCUGGAUGAAGUGGACCAAGAUGGCAACAGUGCCGUCCACGUAGCCUCCCAGCACGGCUUUCUCGGGUGCAUCCAGACAUUGGUGGAAUACGGAGCAAACGUUACCAUGCAGAACCAUGCGGGGGAAAAGCCGUCCCAGAGCGCCGAGCACCACGGGCACACGCUGUGCUCCCGGUACCUGGUGGUGGUGGAGACCUGCAUGUCGCUGGCCUCCCAGGUGGUGAAGCUAACCAAGCAGCUGAAGGAACAGACAAUGGAACGCGUCACAUUGCAGAACCAGCUCCAGCAACUUCUGGAAGCCCAGAAAUCAGAGUCACUCCUUUCUUCACCCAGUUCACCGUCCUCCCCAGCUUCCAGGAGGUCCCAGUGGAAAUCUCCAGAUGCAGAUGAUGAGUCUGUAGCCAAAAGCAAACCUGGAGUCCAAGAGGGGCUUCAGGUUCUUGGAAGCCUGUCAGCAUCCAGCCGGGCCAGGGCCAAAGCAAAAGACGAAGAUUCUGACAAAAUCCUACGCCAGUUACUGGGAAAAGAUAUCUCAGAGAACGUCUGCACCCAGGAAAAGCUGUCCUUGGAAUUCCAGGAUGCUCAGGCUUCCUCUAGAAACUCCAAGAAGAUCCCUGCGGAGAAGAGGGAACUGAAGUUAGCUCGGCUGAGGCAGCUGAUGCAGCGGUCCCUGAGUGAGUCCGACACGGAUUCCAACACCUCUGAGGACCCCAAGAGCACACCUGUGAGGAAGGCCGACAGGCCCCGGCCGCAGCCCAUCGUGGGAAGCGUGGAGAGUGUGGACAGCGCAGAAAGCUUACAUCUGAUGAUAAAGAAACACACCGUGGCAUCAGGACGUAGGUUUCCUUUUGGCAUCAAGGCCUCCAAAUCUCUGGAUGGCCAUAGCCCAUCCCCCACCUCAGAGAGCAGCGAACCUGACUUGGAAUCCCAGUGUCCUGGCUCAGGGACCAUUCCCCCAAGCCAGCCCUCUGGAGACCCCGCUCAGCCCAGCCCUGACAGCACUGCUGCCCAGAAAGUGGCCAUGAGCCCCAAGAGUGCCCUCAAGUCUCCAUCUUCCAAGCGCCGGACCUCCCAGAACUUGAAACUCAGAGUUACCUUUGAGGAGCCUGUGGUGCAGAUGGAGCAAACUAGCCCUGAGCUAAAUGGGGAGAAGGACAAAGAUAAAGGCAGGCCCCUCCAGAGGGCCUCCACAAGUAGUGAAUCGGGGGACCAACUGAAAAGGCCUUUUGGAACCUUCCGGUCUAUCAUGGAGACACUCAGCGGCAACCAGAACAAUAAUAAUAACUACCAGGCAGCCAACCAGCUGAAGACGUCCACACUGCCCUUAACCUCACUUGGAAGGAAGACAACAGACACCAAGGGAAAUCCCGUGAGCUCUGCUAGCAAAGGAAAGAAUAAGGCGGAGAUGUAUGGCAGCUGCAUCACCCUUUCUUCUAACUUGCUGACCGAAGAGCCUCUGCGUAACCAUGCACGGCAUAAUGACAUCAAUAGAAAAAUGAAGAAAUCCUACAGCAUAAAGCACAAUGCUGAGCCAGAGUCAAAAGAACUCUUCUUGUAAAUCACUUUUUUCUUAUCUCUCAUUGCCGCCCUUUGGACACCAUUGAAAAUUUCUGGACUAUCCACUGUGGAAAUAGAAUCAUGAAAACCAAUGCCUCACCAGCAGAAUAACAAUAUCAGGAUGCCUUAAAUUUAUAAUAGUAGGCUAUAUAAUACACAUUUUUGGGUGAUAUUUGUAUAUAUAACUUGUUUCUAAAGAGAUGACGUUUAAAAGCAUGAUUGGGCCAAUGUAUGUUUUUUAAGAUUGGAUUGGUUCAGCUUACCCACACAAUGUCCACCUAAAGCCACUGGCACCAUCUUGUCUUUCAUCAGUUGCAUGAGUGUUUGCUAAUGUUGAUUGAACUUUCCUUUCCCGGUAAAAUGGGCAGUUUGGGCUCAGCUCCUCAGUGAGACCAGGUCAGUGGUAUUGUUUUCUGUCAAGAGUGUUUUUUCUGUCAUUUCUACUUUUUGUAUAAAGGAAAUAAAACAAUGUUAACAGCA